AUGUUCUCUCCUCUCCCAUACGACGCGCGUUGGACAUCCAAGCUUAUCCGACGCGACAUCAGAGAUGUCAGGAACAAGCUCAAGACCAGGCUCUUCAAGAACGCGAAGGCCUCCUCACAAACAAGCCAGGUCUCCUCUGGAGACUCGAUAGCAGAGACUGGAAGUCUGCACUACACUUUUGCGGAGCCCUCAAUCGAGACAGUGAGCACCGAGUUCUUGCAUGACGAUUCCUCACGGCCAAGCACUGAAACACGAAAGGCCUCCAACACCCUACACGAGCUUCUCGACGCCAGGCUCAAGGCCACGUAUGCUUCGCGAGAUCGUGACAUGUCGCACGAUGAGCGUUGGCAACUUCGCGGUAGCUAUCUGGUGCUCUCCUCGGCUAUACAGUCGUGCCCGUCCAAUCCUAUCUACGACAUCUUCAGGGACGACAAGUCCGCCAUGAAUGAGUCUGGGUUACUCCUCGAGGUUCUUCGUAACACCUCAAACGUCUGCGCUUCGCCUGCUGGAAGAGUUAGUCAGAUGCCUGCGGCACCCUAUAGUAGGCGUAGCAACGACCCCAUACGCUACGAUUCCGCCUUUAGUACCGUUUCCUCGGGACCCAAGACGUCUCAGGCGGCGAUGAAGCCAACAAAGAUGUCGACCCCGGCACACCUCUGGCAUGCCAUUCUCGAGGCCACGACUGAUGUGACGAAGACAGUGUCCAUCACUGAGGGCCUUCUGGGUCAUGUAUUGUCUGGCAAGGAUGCUGUCGAAACUCUAUAUCGAAUCGGCCACCCUGGCAAGACCUUCCACGAUGAGGAGUUUGCUGAGCUUCGUCUGAAGUUCCGCGAGAUACUCUUCCCAGAGUACAACGACCUCAUCAAUGCCUGCCAGCCCCAAACCGCGGUUUGA